CCCCCCCAAGCAGAGAGACCCCAGCAGCAGCAGCAGCUGAUGAUGAAGAGAGAGGCAGUGGCAGAGGGGGGGCACCUUUUAUUUCUAUUUUUAAAGGGACAGGACACUAAUUUUACCCCACUUCAACCUUGAAUUGAGGGGGGUGGGGGGAAGGCGGCUGAGUUCCUUCCCCCACCCUCCAGCCCUGAGACCUGAGAGGGGGAUUGAGCCUGAGAGAGAAGGAGAAGGAGUUUCUUCUUCUUCGAAAAUCCCCCAUCUACGACUCAUACCCCCUCACCCCUCCACUAGCCUCCCUCCCGAGCCCCCUCCAUCCUCCUCCUCUUUGGCCGUGAAAGGAGAGAAAGAGACCAAAAGCCUCUUAGCAACACAGACCCUUCUCUGCUGCUGCUGCUGCUGCUGCUGCUGCUGCUACUGCUGCUGCUGCUUGGCCCUGGCUGGAGACAUCUCACUACACCCGGGAGCAGCCACUUCCCCAGCUCUCCUCCUCCUUCGCCUCCUCCUCCUCCUCCACUCCCCCCCCCCUUUAUUACCCUUUGUGUCAUCCUCCACAGCUCCAGGGAAGGCACUCAAAAGUGGGGGGCAGGAAAGGAACAAGGUUGAUCUGGGCAUGAAGUUAAACAGGAUAUUGCUUUCAUCUACUUCAGCCAAAUCUCAAAGUCACUGACCUAAGAAAGACCUCCCCAUCUACUUUGAUAAAAAGCAGAGUUGAAAAUGCUUAGAAGUCAUCCCUUCUGCGGACAUUCUCCGAUCUUUUCAUUUUGCAUUAGGUGUACCUCCUCUGUGAACAUCUGUAGUAUCCUGUGCAUACUCAGAUGCUUAUUGAAGAUAUCAGUUUCUGCGUAUGGGAAGUAGAUAUUGAAGGGUAUAUGGUUUACAGACAAGAUCUUUAAAAAAUAGACACUCAAGAGAGAAGAGGUACUCCUUUAUAGGGACUCGUAAAGGCAUAGAGCAUCUAGAGAUUUACCGCCUCCAUUACGCUGCUGGGUCUCACAGCACAUGUUAUGUUUUUAUCAGUUUCUCUCCAGAAGAAGGUUGGAAACCCAAGUGCCUACAGAGGCCAGGCUGGUGGGAAUGAAGCAGGAAGCCACUGCAGUGUACUGGAGAGCCAAGUCCAUUCUGAAGGAGCAGCCACUGCUCCGUUCCAGAUAAUUGUUGCAAGGCAGGAAUGCUGACCUAGUGUUACCACAUUGUCCAGUUUCUCAGCUGGACCAGCUGGACCAGCUGGACUUUUCUCUCUCCACAGAGAAAUAAAUCCCAAUUCCUGACGGAAGGAACUACAAAAUAUUUGUGGCCAGUUGCAGUCUACUACAUUCAGCACUUAGUUCUCCAAAGGCUUCCAUGGGCCGAGAAUGUGCUACAUUAUUGGAAUUUUGAAGACAUGAAAACAUCAGAUGAACCAACCUGCAACAUCUUGGAUUCAGAUUGGAAGAUGAAGAGAAAGUUUAAAGAAUGUGGCCUAUAAAGGCGGGUAGUACCUGGAAAUAUUAACUGACUCACACUGUAAAAAUGAGAACAGUUUCUAAACAAUAGAGGUUAUUUUAGUCCAACAUCAAGGUUCAAGACAAAAUGUUGAACUAAAAACUUACACUCCUCCCCUCCCCCACUUCAGACAGGUACCAGCAUUGAUGUAUAUGAUUUUCCUUAGUCAGAAGCACUUGUUUUUACCCAUGUAGACCAUCCUUAGGAAUUAAAUAUUGAUUAUUUAAUGUAGAUUAUAAUGGGAAACUGAUUUUUUCUACAAUGGCAGAUUUCAAGGACUUGGUUCCAAACUGAGCCGAAGCUUCCCAAUGCAUUUUGUACAGUCUGGGGAAAACUGUGCUGCGUUGGCCAUUUUUGAAGGCCAUGAUGCCCUGUAAUAUAAGGAUAUCAUCUUAUUGCUGAUAUCUUUGGGGAGUCCCAAGCAGACACAGAAAAUGAAUGGAGGCAAGGAGUGUGACGGAGGGGACAAGGAUGGAGGUCUUCCAGCUAUACAAGUUCCUGUGGGUUGGCAGCGUCGUGUGGAUCAAAAUGGAGUGCUUUAUGUCAGUCCCAGUGGGUCUUUGUUAUCUUGCUUGGAGCAGGUUAAAACAUACCUGCUUACUGACGGAACAUGCAAGUGUGGCUUGGAAUGUCCUCUUAUUCUUCCCAAGGUGUUUAAUUUUGAUCCUGGAGCUGCUGUGAAACAGAGAACUGCAGAAGAUGUUAAAGCAGAUGAAGAUGUCACAAAGCUAUGCAUACAUAAAAGAAAAAUCAUUGCAGUGGCCACACUUCAUAAAAGCAUGGAAGCCCCACAUCCUUCUCUGGUGCUCCCCAGUCCCGGAGGAGGAACAAAUGCAACUCCAGUAGUACCUUCACGGGCAGCAACUCCAAGAUCUGUAAGAAAUAAGUCUCACGAAGGAAUUACAAAUUCUGUAAUGCCUGAAUGUAAGAAUCCUUUCAAAUUAAUGAUUGGAUCAUCAAAUGCCAUGGGAAGGCUAUAUGUACAAGAACUGCCUGGAAGCCAGCAACAAGAACUCCACCCUGUCUACCCCCGGCAGAGAUUGGGCAGCAGUGAACACGGACAGAAAUCUCCCUUCCGUGGCAGCCAUGGAGGCCUGCCCAGCCCAGCGUCGUCAGGUUCCCAGAUAUAUGGAGAUGGCUCAAUCUCUCCAAGGACUGACCCACUUGGAAGCCCUGAUGUUUUCACAAGAAAUAAUCCUGGUUUUCAUGGAGCUCCCAAUUCUAGUCCUAUUCACCUGAAUAGGACUCCUCUUUCUCCACCUUCAGUAAUGCUACACGGUUCUCCUGUACAGUCAUCCUGUGCAAUGGCUGGAAGGACUAAUAUACCUCUUUCCCCAACCUUGACUACAAAGAGUCCAGUAAUGAAAAAACCAAUGUGUAAUUUUUCAACUAAUAUGGAAAUACCACGAGCAAUGUUCCAUCACAAACCACCCCAAGGCCCACCUCCCCCUCCUCCACCUUCUUGUGCUCUUCAGAAAAAGCCAUUAACAUCUGAGAAAGAUCCACUUGGCAUUCUUGACCCUAUUCCUAGUAAACCGGUGAAUCAGAACCCUGUUAUUAUUAAUCCAACUAGUUUCCAUUCAAAUGUCCACUCUCAGGUACCUGUGAUGAAUGUAAGCAUGCCUCCUGCUGUUGUUCCUUUGCCAAGUAAUCUCCCUUUGCCAACCGUAAAACCUGGCCACAUGAAUCAUGGGAGUCAUGUACAAAGAGUUCAGCAUUCAGCUUCAACCUCCCUGUCCCCUUCUCCAGUGACAUCCCCAGUGCACAUGAUGGGGACUGGAAUUGGAAGGAUUGAGGCAUCGCCCCAAAGAUCACGCUCAUCUUCCACAUCAUCAGAUCACGGAAAUUUCAUGAUGCCACCUCUAGGACCCCAGGCCACUUGUAGUGGUAUUAAGGUUCCACCCAGGUCACCAAGGUCAACAAUAGGGUCCCCAAGGCCAUCAAUGCCAUCAAGCCCUUCUACCAAGUCCGAUGGACAUCAUCAGUACAAGGAUAUCCCUAACCCAUUAAUUGCUGGAAUGAGUAAUGUACUAAAUACCCCAAGCAGUGCAGCUUUUCCUACUGCAUCUGCCGGAAGCGGUUCUGUAAAGAGUCAGCCUGGUUUGCUGGGAAUGCCUUUAAAUCAGAUCUUGAACCAGCACAAUGCUGCCUCCUUUCCAGCAAGUAGUUUACUCUCAGCAGCAGCCAAAGCACAGCUAGCAAAUCAAAACAAACUUGCUGGUAACAACAGUAGCAGCAGUAGCAAUUCUGGAGCUGUUGCUGGCAGUGGCAACACUGAAGGACAUAGCACUUUAAACACCAUGUUCCCUCCUGCUGCCAACAUGCUUCUCCCAACAGGUGAAGGGCAAAGUGGUCGAGCAGCACUAAGAGAUAAGCUGAUGUCUCAGCAAAAAGACUCACUGCGGAAAAGAAAACAGCCACCUACCACAGUGUUGAGUUUGCUCAGACAGUCUCAAAUGGAUAGUUCUGCAGUUCCUAAACCUGGACCCGACUUGCUAAGGAAGCAGGGUCAGGGGUCGUUUCCCAUCAGUUCAAUGUCUCAGUUACUACAGUCUAUGAGUUGUCAAAGCUCUCACUUGAGUAGCAAUAGUAGCCCGGGUUGUGGGCGCUCAAAUACUGCUUUGCCUUGCUCUGCUAACCAGCUGCAUUUUACAGACCCCAGUGUGAACUCCAGUAGUCUUCAGAAUCCACUGACACAGGACGUACCUUUAAGAGGGGAAGCCGUGCACUGCCACAAUGCAAACACUAACUUUGUUCACAGUAACAGUCCAGUCCCAAACCACCAUCUUGCAGGUUUAAUAAAUCAGAUUCAGGCUAGCGGGAACUGUGGGAUGCUCAGUCAGUCGGGCAUGGCCUUAGGAAAUUCAUUACAUCCCAAUCCACCUCAGUCAAGAAUUUCAACGUCCUCCACUCCAGUGAUACCAAACAGCAUUGUUAGCAGCUAUAAUCAAACAAGUUCUGAAGCAGGCGGUUCAGGACCAUCAUCCUCCAUAGCCAUAGCUGGCACCAACCACCCUGCCAUCACAAAGACAACAUCUGUUCUUCAAGACGGCGUCAUAGUCACCACCGCAGCUGGAAACCCACUGCAGAGUCAGCUGCCCAUUGGGAGUGAUUUUCCUUUUGUUGGCCAGGAGCACGCACUUCAUUUUCCAUCCAACAGCACUUCAAACAACCAUCUUCCACACCCCUUGAACCCCAGCCUCCUCAGUUCUCUACCUAUCUCUUUGCCAGUGAAUCAACAGCAUCUCCUAAACCAGAAUCUAUUAAAUAUCCUCCAGCCUUCAGCAGGAGAAGGCAAGUCUGAGAUCAACCUCCACCCUUUAGGUUUUCUCAACCCGAAUGUAAACGCUGCUUUAGCUUUUCUCUCCAGUGACAUGGAUGGGCAGGUAUUGCAGCCUGUUCACUUUCAACUCUUAGCAGCCCUGCUUCAGAACCAAGCCCACGCAGCUGCCAUGCUUCCCCUGCCAUCUUUCAAUCUGACCAUCUCAGAUCUUUUGCAACAGCAAAAUACCCCUUUACCCUCAUUAACACAGAUGACAGCCCCACCAGACCAUUUGCCAAGCGAUCAGUCAGAGAACAGCCGAGCUGAGACCCUUUUAACCAGGCCCCUGGGGAACCCUUUACCAAGCUUUGCAGGCAGUGACACUACUUUUAACCCCCUGUUCCUCCCAGCUGUCACUGGGGCCUCGGGAUUAAUGGCCUUGAAUCCCCAGCUGUUGGGAGGUGUCCUGAACUCGGCAUCGGCCAACACCGCUAAUCAUCCAGAGGUUUCCAUAGCAACUUCUUCCCAGGCAACCACUACCACAACCACUACAUCAUCAGCAGUGGCAGCACUGACUGUCUCAACACUUGGUGGGACAGCAGUGGUGUCAAUGGCAGAAACAUUGCUGAAUAUAUCUAAUAAUGCUGGGGAUACACCUGGUCCAGCUAAACUGAACAGUAACUCUGUGGUGCCACAGCUACUUAACCCUCUACUGGGGACAGGUCUGCUUGGUGACAUGUCCUCAAUAAACAGUACUUUGAAUAACCAUCAACUGACUCAUCUACAGUCGCUGUUAAACAACAAUCAGAUGUUUCCUCCAAAUCAGCAACAGCAGCAGCUUCUUCAGGGGUACCAGAAUCUCCAGGCUUUUCAAGGACAGUCCACAAUUCCUUGCCCAGCUAACAAUAACCCCAUGGCUUGUCUGUUUCAGAACUUUCAGGUGAGAAUGCAGGAAGAUGCAACUCUCCUAAACAAAAGAAUAAGCACUCAGCCGGGGCUCACAGCACUUCCCGAAAAUCCAAACACUACACUUCCACCUUUCCAAGAUACAUCUUGUGAGUUGCAAUCGCGGAUUGACCCAUCUCUUGGUCAACAGGUGAAGGAUGGCCUCGUUGUGGGUGGCCAAGGUGAUGCUUCCAUAGAUGCUAUUUACAAAGCAGUUGUUGAUGCAGCCAGCAAAGGAAUGCAGGUUGUCAUCACCACUGCAGUCAACAGUACAACUCAGAUCAGCCCCAUUCCAGCUCUGAGUGCCAUGAGUGCCUUCACUGCUUCAAUUGGUGACCCAUUAAGUCUCCCCAGUGCUGUCAGUGCGGUCAUUCAUGGACGAAACAUGGGCAGUGUUGAUCAUGAUGGUAGGCUGAGAAGUGUAAGAGGGGCUCGGCUGCCCAGCAAUCUGGACCAUGGGAAAAACUCAAACGAAGGAGAUGGGUUUGAAUAUUUCAAGUCGGCAAGUUGCCACACAUCUAAAAAACAGUGGGAUGGGGAGCAAAGCCCUGGAGGGGAGCGAAACAGGUGGAAGUGUGAGGAAUUUUUAGAUCAUCCAGGCCAUAUCCACAAUAGUCCUUGUCACGAAAGACCCAACAAUGUCUCUACACUGCCAUUUCUGCCUGGGGAACAGCACCCAAUACUGUUACCACCAAGAAACUGUCAAGGGGAUAAAAUUCUGGAGGAAAAUUUCAGGUAUAAUAACUACAAAAGAACUAUGAUGAGUUUUAAGGAGAGACUAGAGAACACUGUGGAAAGAUGUACACACAUCAAUGGGAACAGACCUCGACAGAGUCGGGGCUUUGGAGAGCUGCUGAGCACCACAAAGCAAGACCUGGUCCUAGAGGAGCAAUCUCCAAGCUCCUCAAAUAGUUUGGAAAGUUCUCUGGUCAAAGACUACAUCCAUUACAAUGGAGACUUUAAUGCCAAAAGCAUUAACGGGUGUGUACCUAGCCCUUCAGACGCUAAAAGCAUUAGUAGUGAAGAUGACCUAAGGAAUCCAGACUCCCCUUCUUCAAAUGAAUUGAUACAUUAUAGGCCAAGGACGUUCAACGUUGGCGACUUGGUCUGGGGCCAAAUCAAAGGACUGACUUCCUGGCCUGGAAAAUUAGUAAGAGAAGACGACGUUCACAGUUCUUGUCAACAAAGCCCCGAGGAAGGGAAGGUGGAGCCCGAGAAGUUGAAGACACUAACAGAAGGUUUAGAAGCUUACAGCCGAGCCCGGAAAAGGAACAGAAAAAGUGGAAAGCUAAAUAACCAUUUAGAAGCUGCUAUUCAUGAGGCCAUGAGUGAACUGGACAAAAUGUCUGGGACUGUUCACCAAAUCCCACAGGGAGACAGACAAAUGAGACCCCCCAAACCCAAGAGGAGGAAGAUCUCCAGAUAACAGGGACUACUUCACCAAUGCGCAGUGUUUAUUAAAGGAAUGUGCACAGAUAUAGCUGUAUAUAAGUAUUGAUAUAGCCACUGUUAUAUCAAUAUUUAUACUAUGGCAGAUAGUUAACACCGCCACAGGGUGCUAAAAGAAACAGUGAUACAAUAUUUUUUUUUUUUUGAUCAGGAAGGAUAAUGAAUGCUGGAAAACCAAUCAGAAUCCCUGAAUGAUGAGAGUGAUAAAUAGUCAAGAGAUUACUGAGAAACUCUUUUUCUAUAAUACUAAAAUUGUGAUUAUAAGAAAUAGUCCAAAUGUUUCUGAAGAAUUUUCCAUGUUGUAUAUAGAAAAUGCAGAAUUUCAUGGUGAUAUCAAAAAUGUAAAUAUUGUACAAUAUUGUCAUGUACAAGCAUACCUAAUGCACACUUUAUCUUUUAUUGUACAAAGAAAUAGUGUACAAAAUUCUUUGGUUUCUAUGGAGUACACCUACCAGAGACUACAAGUGUAAAGUGAUAAAUAAAAAUACAACCUAAAUGCUUUUC